AUGAGCAGGGCGCUUUGGCAGCGGCUCCUGCUGCCCUGCUGCUGGGCACUGUUCCUGCGGGGGCCCCAAACGGUGCUCUCCCACCCCCAAUGCCUGGACUACAAGCCCCCCUUCCAGCCCCCCGAGCCCCUGCUCUUCUGCAAGGAGUACAGCAAGUUCGGCUGCUGCGACCUGGAGAAGGACAACCUGGUGUCCCAGAGGUAUUACGCCAUCAUGGACUACUUCGACUACUCCGGCUCCCUCACCUGCGGGAAGUACAUCCGCAACAUUCUGUGUCAGGAAUGCUCUCCUUACUCUGCCCACUUGUAUGACGCAGAAGAUGCCAACACUCCCAUGAGAGAACUGCCAGGGCUGUGUGGGGACUACUGCUCCGAAUUCUGGCACCAGUGUCGCUACGUGCUCAGCCUCCUGACGGAGAACGACGCCGCGGUGGGGAUCGAGGACGACCGCGACCGCUUCUGCGCCUACCUGGAGCUCAAGGACCCGCAGUACUGCUACCCCAACGUGCUGUCCAACACCGAGCUGAACGCCAACCUGGGCUCCGUGCAGGCAGACCCAGAGGGCUGCCUCCAGCUCUGCCUGCAGGAGGUGGCCAACGGCCUCCGAAACCCGGUGGUCAUGGUGCACGCCAACGACGGGACCCAUCGCUUCUUCGUGGCCGAGCAGCUGGGCUACGUGUGGGUGUACCUGCCCAACGGGUCGCGGGUGGACCGGCCCUUCCUGAACCUGACCCGCGCGGUGCUCACCUCCCCCUGGGCUGGGGAUGAGAGGGGCUUCCUCUGUCUGGCCUUCCACCCGCGCUUCCCCUUCGUCCCCAAGGCCUACGUGUAUUACUCGGUGGCGGUGAAGAAGCAGGAGAGGAUCCGCGUCAGCGAGUUUGCGCUGUCCACCACCGAUAUGAACAUGCUCGAUCACUCCUCAGAAAGAACCAUCUUGGAAGUGGUGGAACCGGCUUCCAAUCACAAUGGUGGACAGCUUCUCUUCGGCAUUGAUGGGUACCUCUACAUUUUCAUUGGUGAUGGAGGCAGAGGAGGAGACCCCUUUGGGAAGUUUGGAAACUCUCAGAAUAAGUCCACACUGCUGGGUAAAGUGCUUCGUGUCGAUGUGGACAACAACGACGACGGUGCCCCCUACAGCAUCCCCUCCGACAACCCCUUCCUGUGGGAGAAGGAGGCCCGGCCUGAGGUCUACGCCUACGGGGUACGGAACAUGUGGCGCUGCUCCAUUGACCGGGGUGACCCCAUCACAGGGGAGGGGCAUGGCCGCUUGUUCUGUGGGGACGUGGGACAGAACAAGUUUGAGGAGGUGGACCUCAUCGUCAAGGGUGGAAACUAUGGCUGGAGAGCAAAGGAGGGCUUCUCCUGCUACGACAAACAGAUGUGUAAAAACUCCUCUCUUGAUGACAUCCUUCCCAUUUAUGCAUAUCCCCACAAAAUGGGGAAGUCGGUGACUGGAGGCUACAUCUACAGAGGCUGCGAGAUGCCGAAUCUCAAUGGACUCUACAUUUUUGGGGACUUCAUGAGUGGACGCCUCAUGUCCCUCAGGGAGAAUGGAGGUGAAUGGCAGUACAAGGAGGUCUGCAUGGGGACAAGUCAAGCCUGUCGCUUCCCCAAGCUCAUCAACAGCUACUACAAGUACAUCAUCUCAUUCGCUGAAGACGAGGCAGGGGAACUCUACUUCAUGUCUACAGGGGUCCCAAGUGCUGCUUCUCGAGCAGGGUUUGUCUAUAAGAUAGUAGACCCUUCCAGGAGAGCACCUCCAGGCAAGUGCAGCUUCAAGCCUACUCCUGUAAAAGUGAAGGGGAAGUUGAUUCAUUUCAGGCCAAAGGAAGAGUUUGUGAUUGACAAAAAGCCCACCACAACAGCAGCCCCUACCACACCAAAGACCACCACCACCACCACAACCACCACCACCACCAACCGCCCUACAGGAAGACCCACUGGCAGGCCGAAAGCCACAACCGUCAGGGUGCUCACUAGGGUGGCUACGGGUCCCUCUGGCACCACUGCCCAAAGGGUAACGCAAAGACCUGCCCUGGUAGCCACCACGAUCCGACCGAGGUGGAACUGGGCGACCACAGUGAGGCCGGCCUUUACCACCUCGCCUGCCAGGCCACGCCACACCCUGACGCCCCCGGUUCAGUACGGUGUCAGGACCACGGGCCAAACUGCCACACCCGCCACCCAGAGGACCAGGGUCCCCCAAACCCCAGCCGGAAGGAGGACUCCCCAGCCUACAGUGCGCCCCAUUACCAGGCAGCACCCCACCACGGUCAGAACCCAGACACCAGUGCUGAGGACCUCAGGGAGCUCAGGCGUUUACACGAGAAACCCCCAGACCACCCCAAGGCCACGUCAUUGGAUUUCAACACCACAGCCCACCUCCAAGACACAGUGGCCCAACUUUACCAUCCCCAAGUCCCCGGAGAAGACCUUGAAAGGUCUGGAGGACAAGGCCAACUCGUCAGACAGCCCGACGGAGAACCGGGUUAACAAGAAGGGCCGGGGCCCGAAGUCGAGGAAGCAGAGGCGCCGCAAGGCGCGGACCGGGGCGGUGCGGCUGGUCAGCGCCCAGAACCUGAGCGACCGGGGUCGGGUGGAGAUCUUUGUGAAGGGCGAGUGGGGGACGGUGUGCGACGACAUGUUCAACAGCAAGGCGGCCACCGUGGUGUGCCGACAGCUGGGCUUCCCUGCGGCCCUGCGGGUGGCCAAACGGGCGGAGCUGGGCCCCGGAGAAGGCCUCAGCAUCCUUCUGGACGACGUAGAGUGCGAGGGGACGGAGAAGAACCUGCUGGAGUGCAAGCGGGCCAGGAUCGGCAUGCACAACUGCUCGCACCAGGAAGACGUGGGGGUGGUGUGCGGCUACGACGAGUAUGGGGAGAGCUGAGGGCAGGAACCCCGCAAGGUGCCCCCUGGUCUUCCCCUGAAGCCCCCUGGUGGAGGCUACAAAUGGACAGGUGCCUGAUUGUUGACCGUUUUGCACAAUGGACAUGAGCACCGGUUCGAUUAUGGACCAUCCAUCACAAGCCAAUUCCUUUUUUUUUAUUUGCUUGCAACCAAUGUGGUGGAAAUAACUUCGCAAACUUUUAGCACUUCACAUGACAAUUUGAAAAAUUGGGACAGAGUUGCUCUCCACUGUCUAUUUUAUGAUAAAUUAUCAUAUAUCCAAAUCACUUUUCUAUUAUUAAAAAAUGUGUAAUGGAAGUAUACAAUGUUAAUCACAUCACAUGUAAUUAAGUACAAAAAUAAUUGAUCAUUCUUGACUGGAUGUCAGGAGGCACUUGCUGGGACAAAACAACCGAAACAAGCUCAUCUGUGAAGUUACUGCGAUAAAGGGUUGUUUCUGCCUCCCCUACUUCAGGCUUGUGAGCCUACCCUGAAUGCCCAGCUUUAGGGUUAAUGUCCCACUACCAACGUAGUGUACCAGAGUAAAAACAGUCAUGCCAUCAAAAGCAUCUUUACUGACUGAAUUAAUCCACAAGUGCCUGUCUGGGUAUAUCAGUUUUUUUCAGUCAGCAUUUCAUGAGAUCCACCUGAGAGGUGAGGCCUUGGUGUGGAUUUGACAAAUAUAAGAAUUCAUUUUUAUUCUUCCAUGAAUAUUGAGAUAUUUUUUCCCAGAAGGCUCAGCAUAAUUUUCACAGUCUAAUCAGUUAUGUCUUUUAAAGAUAAUAUGUCUAAGAGGAAUUCUGACUGGUCUUGAAGUUCCGAUUAAAGAUAAAUAAGAUUCUAAUACGUGCUCUGCGUCCAGGCAUCAGUGAAAUUACCUCAAUGGGGAAAAGCAGUGACACUUUAAACUGUACCUAUUUAAAUAUUCUCUGUGAGUUUAAACAAUCAUCUCUGCUGAAAAAAGAGACAUUUGCCCUCCUUUCUCUGGCCCUGAAAUGGUUUGCAUGACAGAAGUGUCAUUUGCACCCCCACCCUUAAAGGGUACCUGUACCCCAAAUGAGCAUAUGCCUAGAUCUCAUCAAUAUAUCAUUAAAAAAAAUUUAAAAAAUCCCAGUCCCGUAAGCUAAAUAAGUAACAACAUAUUUCUGCGUGGUCCGUAACACUUUGAGCAGACAUAUUGCCGGGAGCCAGAUAUGGCAAAGAGUGGGCGACGGCAAUGAGCUAUAAUAGGCCUAUGUGUAUAUGGACGAUAUUAAAGUAACCUAUAAUGUUAACCUGUACGGAAGAAGAGCCAUUUUAUAUAGACCUAAACCUUCAGAUAAUGAGAAAUUUAGGGCUGAUUUUGGUAAACAAACAUUAUUAAUUAUCAACAACUCACCGAUUUGUAAAAUUGAUAAAGGUGACCUUGUUUAGACUAAACACACCUAUGACAUUUAAACAUAUUAGAAUAAAAUGCUAAAAAUAUUUACAGUUUUGGGGUACUAGGGCUGGGGCUGGGUUAUGUUUCAAUCAAAGGUGUAUUGACUCUGUAAACAUUGGUCAGAAAUAAAAUGUCUAUUUUAGAGAAAAGGUUUGGUUAAAAACUAUUGUACACAAGGAAAUGUGUGGUUUUGUAUUAUUACAAAGAUAAUACUGCUGAUGAGAUGAAGAAGAUGCUGGACAU